UCGGAGACGACGCCAAACCCCACUGAGUUUUUGUUCACUUUAACGAGUCCGCUGCCGAAGGAAAGUUGUUGAAAUACGGGGCAGACGUUCAUCUAUCUCUCACAUUGUCCUGCUCACAAAGAGGUAACACGGUCGGUAACCGGAACGGACUUAACCGGGAGAUGAAGAAGCUUUACGAGGACCGGUAACUUUGGUGAAGUGUGUUCCUGCAUUGAUGGAGACGCUCUGAGGGUGACACUGGGAAUCAGUAAUCCUCACCACUCCUCCCCCCGAAGGCAGCACAGAUGUUUUCACUUGGUCCGGAAAACAUCUCCACCUCCCCUGCUUCCACCAAAGGACCAGUUAAAUAUGGAGAGCUCAUUGUGCUCGGGUGUAACGGCUCUCUGCCCAACGGUGACAAGGGAAGGCGGAAAAGUCGCUUCGCUCUGUAUCUCAGGAACAAAGCCAACGGUGUGAAACCCAGCACUGUGCACACGUCAUGCACACCUCAGGCUGCCAAGGCUGUAAGCAACAAGGAGCAGCACAGUAUUUCAUACACUCUGUCCCGGGCACAGACGGUGGUGGUGGAGUACACCCACGACAGCAACACAGACAUGUUCCAGAUUGGUCGUUCUACCGAGAAUCCCAUUGACUUUGUGGUGACGGACACGGUGCCCGGUGGUCAGAGCCACGCUGACGCUCAGGCGGUUCAGAGCACCAUCUCCCGCUUCGCCUGCCGCAUCAUCUGCCAAAGAAACCCGCCUUACUCUGCACGCAUCUACGCCGCAGGCUUUGACUCCUCCAAGAACAUCUUCCUCGGGGAGAAGGCAGCCAAGUGGAGGAUGCAGGACGGUCAGAUGGACGGCCUGACCACCAACGGCGUGCUUGUGAUGCAUCCACGCCACGGCUUCAGCCAGGACUCUAAACCUGGCCUGUGGAGGGAAAUAUCAGUCUGCGGCAAUGUCUUCACUCUGCGGGAAACCAGAUCAUCUCAGCAGAGGGGAAAGCUGGUGGACUCUGUCUCUGAGUCUAACGAGCUGGUGGACGGCUCGCUCAUCGACCUGUGCGGUGCCACGCUGCUGUGGCGGACGGCUGAGGGCCUUGCGCACACACCCACCGUCAAACACCUGGAGGCGCUGCGUCAAGAGCUGAACGCCGGGCGGCCACAGUGUCCCGUGGGCUUCAACACACUGGCCUUCCCCAGCCUUCGCCGCAAAGGCGUCCUGGACGAGAAGCAGCCCUGGGCUUACCUGCGCUGCGGCCACGUCCACGGCUACCACGGCUGGGGGGGGCGCCGCAACCCCGAGGUGGAGGCGGAGUGUCUGGAGAGGGAGUGCCCCAUGUGCCGGGCGCGGGGCCCCUACGUGCCACUGUGGCUGGGCUGUGAGGCGGGCUUCUAUGUGGACGCGGAGCCCCCCACUCACGCCUUCAUCCCCUGCGGUCACGUCUGCUCGGAGAAGACGACGGCGUACUGGAGUCAGAUCCCGCUGCCGCACGGCACGCACACCUUCCACGCCGCCUGCCCGUUCUGCAUCCAGCCGCUGAGUGAGUCCGGCUGCAUCAGACUCAUCUUCCAAAGCCCGCUGGACUAGAAACCGCUCAGACUUCUCACCUCAAGCCUUAAACAACAGGAGGGCGGACGGAAGUAUUUUAACUUUAUGUCUUAUAACUUAAUUUAACUUAAUUCUGACCGAUAUAAACACAUCUAUGGGCUUUAUUUCUAUAUAUUCGUUCAGGCAGUGUUGUCCUCCUCGAAAGUGGUUGCAGUUCUUCCCUGGACAGCUGCACAGAUGUUUUUAUUUAUUCCUCAGUAAUGUUUUUGUAAAUAACAGCUGGAAUGUUUCACAGAUUACUGUCUCACCCUGCCUUAAAGAGUCUUUAAAACUGAGACGUUUCACAUCUCUUAACAGGAGAUUUGUACCAUAACAAAGGUUUUUAGGCUGCUGUCUUGGGACAUGAAACACACACAUCCAGAUUGAAUGUAAAUUUUGAAAACAAAAUAAACUACAGGCAUGAAUGACAAUAAAGUGGCGUUGCUCAGUAGUUAAACGAGGUUUAAACAUUUAACAAACACUGUCCCAAGUGCUCUUAAAGGAAUACUUCGCUCCAAAAUGAAAGUCCAGUUACUGCCAGUGCAUGUUUACAUAAAGUAUGAUAUAAAAAGGAAACUAUAGGUCCCAACAACUCCUGACCAGAUUAUCCUGAUAUUUGUGGCUUUCUGACUUUCCCUCCAGCGCCACAGGAGGCCAAACCUCCUACUUUUAUUUAAAAAAACAAAAAGAUUGUAUAGUUUUCUUCAAAUUUCCCCAUUCACAUUGCUGUUCCCAAGAGGAUGAACUGUUCUUAUUGUAGCUCUAUUUCUUGCGUCAGUAUGUUAACUCGGACUCGUCUUGGAGCUGUGAACAGAGUAUGAUCUGUUUAGAAGGCAGACAUUCAACAAAAGCUGAAAACUGGAGUAAAUCUGUGAAUUUUGGAGUGAACUAUUCUUCAGUCAGACCAGUAAAACCUCAGCUGCAUCAGAUAAAACCUGCAGCAGGGUAAACCUGCAGGUGAUGACCCACACUGACUCAGUUUCUUGUGUUCGUUCAUGCUAUUGUAUCGUCUUCGGUUUGUGACUCGUGUUUGUUGCCCCUCACAGCUUUGCAGUCAUUCUGCUCACUGACUGUAUUUUUUUUUUUUUUUUUACCGUUUGCAAACAAUAAAAAACCCACUGCUGA